CAAAACAUUGUCAUCUGUUUUGAUCCCAUAUGACCGCUUCCUUAAAAUCCUCAAUGUCUUCACUUUGUGUUUUCAAGUCCAAUGUAUCACCAAAGCUUCAUUAUCCUCCACGAACGUGUUCCUCAGUUAUGAAUAAUAAUGCACCAUGUUCAAGAAAGCUGGUUCGGAAAUCGAAGGCAUCCGUGAAGGCUGUUUCAUUUGAAGAUCAGGUCAAUAUCAAGAGCCACGACGAUGAAGGUUUCUACGAUCUUCACGAGUCCAAUAAGGCCACUCUUCAGCUGUACGCGAUUCUGGAGACAGUUUGCGACAGAAUCGAAAUGCAUUACAACGUUGGCGUUCAACGUGAUAAUUGGAACUCCCUUCUCUUGAACUCCACCAACGUGAUCACGCUUGCCGCCACGACCAUGGCCGGUGUCGCCUCCUCAUUGCACGAUGGCGCGGAGCAGCUUUUUGCUCUGAAACUGUCGUCCACUCUUCUGUUCUCUGCAGCCACGUGGAUGUCCCUCGUCAUGAACAAAAUCCAACCUUCGCAGCUCGCCGAGGAACAACGAAACGCUACGAGGUUGUUCCGACAGCUUCAGGCUCAGAUUCAGACCACCAUCGCCGUCGGAAAUGCCACUGAGGAGGACGUCAAUAAUGCAAUAGAAAAGGUUUUAGCACUCGACAAGGCUUACCCACUUGCCUUACUCGGAGGAGCCAUGGUCGAAAAAUUCCCUUCAAAGUUCGAGCCUGCGAUUUGGUGGCCUUCUUCAUCAAAGACAGAAUCGCCGUCGUCUUCUUCUUCUUCUCCGGAUCUUACGAAAAGCUCGAGUUCGACGAAAAAUGGAUGGAACGAGAAGCUGGAAAUGGAAAUGAGGGAGAUUAUAGAAGUGGUGAAGAGAAAAGACGCAGAGGACUACGAAAGGCUAGGAAACUUGGCUUUAAAGAUGAACAAAAUCAUGGCGAUUUCGGGUUCUUUAUUCACUGGAAUUGCAGCGUUAGGAUCUGCAAUAUUUCUGGGAAAUAAUAAUAAUGAUAAUGGCUCGUGGGGAAUCAUGAUAGUGGCUGUAGUUGCAGGAGCAAUGGCGAGUGUUGUGAAUGCGUUUGAGCAUGGCGGGCAAGUAGGGAUGGUUGUGGACAUGUACAGAUACUGUGGAGGAUUCUUCAGGCUUUUGGAAGAGACGACCGAAUCGACGCUUGAAGAGAAGAACUGUGAGAAAAGAGAAAAUGGAGAGAUCUUUGAGAUGAAGAUGGCUCUCAUUUUGGGAAGAAGCGUUUCGCAGCUCAGAAAACUUGCAUCUAAAUCUGCUUUCUGCCGUUCACAAGGAUCUGAGGUCGAUGAAUUCGCCAGCAAACUUUUCUGAAAAUAUUAUUUUCUUCUUUUUUAGUGUCUAAAAAUCUGGAUUUAGACUGAUAUUAAUAAUGACCUAAUUAAAGCUCUUUAAUUACUAAUUCUUGAUUAUUCUUUACAUUUUUUAUAUUAUUGAUUUCUUGUAGCUUGUACA